UACCAGAGUGUUGGGACAGGUAUGAAUUCAAAGAUGGAAGACUACAAGCAAACCCCAGUGGAAUUACAAAAUACUAAUUUAGCUAAGGAUUCAGUGGUGAAAUCUCUUGAAAAUGAUCUUCAGGAUCUAAUGGACAGGCUCAACCAGAAAAAAUAUUCAUCAGGUCUGAAAUUUAAAACGAAUUGUGACAGCCCUGGUUCUUAUUUAACUCUUUCACAGUCUCUUCCACCUAAAUCCAGCCCUGCAUCCAGUGUAAAAAGUAUGCCGGCUGUCACCAAAAUUCAAGGAAGCAAACCAUUGGCUUGUGAGAGCUCUUAUCUUUUAGACAAGACUAUCUCUGCGAAGCGUAUGGGCUCCAUUUCAGGCAUGUCUCCCUCCUUAAGUGGGUACAGUUUAGGAAAGAGAGACUUUGAUAUUUAUCCCAACAGAGAAAAUGAAAAACAGUUUGGACAUCUGGAUAAAUUUCUCUAUUCAAAGUACAGCCAGAAAAAUAAAUCUCAUGAUAAUGUCUACUUUCCAGGAGCACUGGAUGGGCGGAAAAACUCUGGAUCUCUUAUUGCAAUAUGGAAUGGAAACUCAGGGAGUGAGAUAAUUCUUUCACCAGUUGGCAAUUCCGGAGCUGCCAGUAUGCCCUCUAGUCCAAAGCAAGGCAGAAGGAUGAACAUUCAGGACAUCACAUCAUUUCGGCCCAGGCAAGCUAAACAGAAGGACGCGACGUUGGAAACUCUGGGAUCUAGAACCAGGAAGUAUUCGGGCGGCUCCCUGAGUCACAUGGGAGUUUACAGCCGCUCGCUACCUAGGCUGUACAAAUCGUCAGAAAGCCAGCUCAUUCCACUGAGCUUGCCUCCAAGAAACUCUCUUGGGAACCCCAAAAGAAAAAAAAUUGUGGAGAAAGAUCUUCUACCUCAAAGUGUACAGGAUGCUGACAAUUACCUUAAUUUUUCUUCUCACACCUCAGGGGCUUUGCCAUUUACAAAUUUUGCAACCGACCCAAACUCUUACGUGAAUUCAACUCUGAGCAUUCCUGCGAGCCCUCGUAUAGCUCAGAAAAUGCUUCUGGCCUCUUCUUCCUCAUACGUAUCUGAUGACUUUGAUAAAGCUGGACUCUCAGGGACGACUCCCGGUAAUUCUUUUUCUCCUGCAGAUUCUGAGAGAUCAUUCCCUCACAGAAGGAAAGUUUCAACCAGUUCAGUGGAGUUUGAUGAAACAGAGCUGGAAAGCUUCAGGCAGACUCCAUCUAUACGGGAGAGAAAGAAUAGCAUUAGCUCGCUUUCUGGAAGGGAUGAUCUAAUGGACUACCACAGAAGACAGAGGGAAGAAAGGCUUAAAGAGCAGGAGAUGGAGCGACUGGAGCGCCAACGGUUGGAGACCAUACUUAACCUGUGUGCGGAAUAUUCCAAACCUGACAAUGACUCUGUAACUGUAACAACCGUUGCUGAUGUUCAAAAAAUUAAUAAAGAACUUGAAAAGCUUCAGUUUUCAGAUGAAGAUUCUGUAUUUGAAGAUUCCCAGAUGACUUCAGAAACAAGGAUCAGAAAUCAUUUGCAACUGCCAACAGGCGAUUCUGACUUCUCAGAAUUCAGUGAUCUUGGUCAAAACGUUAUGGAGUUCCUUUCCUUUAGAGGGAUCAGAACAAAUAAACAUUUAAAUGAAAACAGGACAACUUCACCAUUACCUCCUUGUGCCUUUCUGAAGAAUGUCAGUGAAUCUUCUUAUUUAAGCAUCAUGCCAAAGACAGCAGAAUGCAUAAGCGAUGAACAACGAGCAUUGGAGCUUAAUCAGAUGGAAGAACAGCGCAUUAUAAUACUGAAUAACUUGGAAGAACUUGAACAAAAGAUUAAAGAUUUAAAUGAUCAGAUGGAUGAAUCCUCCAGAGAGAUGGAUAUGGAAUGUGCCUUAUUGGAUGGGGAGCAAAAAUCUGAAACAGCUGAACUUCUUAAGGAGAAGGAAAUACUGGAUCAUUUAAACAGGAAAAUAGCAGAACUGGAGAGAAAUGUUAUUGGCGAGAAGACCAAGGAAAAAAUAAAGCUUGAUGCUGAAAGGGAAAAACUAGAAAAGCUUCAGGAGCUUUACUCCGAGCAGAAGACCCAGCUUGAUAAUUGCCCUGAGUCCAUGAGGGAACAAUUGCAGCAGCAACUAAACAGGGAUGCCGAUCUGUUGGAGGUAGAAAGCAAACACUUUGAAGAUCUAGAGUUUCAGCAGCUAGAACAUGAAAGCAGGCUAGAUGAGGAGAAAGAGAAUUUAACACAGCAGCUCCUGCGUGAAGUAGCUGAAUAUCAACGUAACAUUGUCAAUAGAAAGGAGAAAAUUUCUGCUCUCAAAAAGCAAGCCAAUCAUAUUGUCCAGCAAGCCCAACGGGAACAAGAUCAUUUUGUCAAAGAGAAAAAUAACCUGCUAAUGAUGCUGCAAAGGGAAAAAGAAAACCUUUGCAAUCUAGAAAAGAAAUAUUCAUCACUUUCAGGAGGCAAGGGAAUCCCUGUAAGCCCAAGCAGUUUAAAAGAGGGUUAUAUGAGUGUAAGUGACAUUAAUGAGCCCACGAAUAUAUCCCUUUCCACUCAACCCCCCACUGCUGCUGAUGCUGUUCCCACUGAACCUUCCACAGCUGGCCUGGCAAGCCAGCCACAAAACAAAGAGCUAAGAUCAUCUAUCUGUUCUGGAUUUGUCUUUCCUCACUCCCUUUCUCCUCGCCCUCUCGCACAACUUUCACCAGUCCACUGGUCUGAGAUCAGGGCGCCAAAUGUAGAACCUUUUCCUUUACCUGACACACCACCACCUCUUCCAGCUAAGAAACACCGAAGGCAACCACAGCACUUCCGAAAUCUGGAAGAGAGAACGAAACAGCACAAAGAAGGCAUGUUCAUGAGUGAUACGUUGCCUCGCAAGAAAACUGCCUCCUCUGUAUCACCCCAUUUCAGCAGUUCUACUCUUGGACGAAACGUUAAGGGUCACCUGCCACUUGGGCAAAGUAAUAGCUGUGGCAGUGUUCUUCCCCACUGUUUGACCAAAGAGUCUGAGUCAAGGAGGGUGCAUAAAGGAUAUAACCACCAACUUAUAUGUGAAGAUGAAAGCCAGAAAUCUCCUGAGUUCUACAGCAGAACAGCCUCAGAGUCUAACGUGUAUCUGAACACCUUCCACUAUCCUGACCAUAGUUACAAGGACCAUGCCUUUGAUACGCUAAGCUUAGACAGUUCUGACAGCAUGGAAACCAGCAUAUCUGCCUGCUCUCCAGACAAUAUUUCCAGCGCUAGCACUUCAAAUGUUGCAAGAAUAGAAGAGAUGGAAAGACUUUUGAAACAAGCUCAUGCUGAAAAAACACGAUUGCUUGAAUCAAGGGAACGAGAAAUGGAAGUUAAGAAAAGAGCAUUAGAAGAAGAAAAGCGUCGCAGAGAGCAACUGGAGAAAAGGUUGCAAGAAGAAACGAGCCAGCGACAGAAACUAAUUGAAAAAGAAGUAAAGAUACGUGAGAAGCAAAGGUCACAGUCUCGUCCCCUGACUCGUUAUUUGCCUGUCAGAAAGGAAGAUUUUGAUUUACGAGGACAUAUAGAGACAGCUGGUCACAACAUAGAGACUUGUUACCAUGUUUCACUUAAUGAGAAGACCUGCCGAGGCUUUCUUAUCAAGAUGGGUGGGAAAAUUAAAACAUGGAAAAAGCGCUGGUUUGUCUUUGACAGAAACAAGAGAACAUUUUCGUACUAUGCAGACAAACAUGAAACUAAAUUAAAAGGAGUAAUUUAUUUCCAAGCCAUUGAAGAAGUCUAUUAUGAUCAUCUAAAGAAUGCCUAUAAGAGUCCUAAUCCAUUACUUACUUUCAGUGUUAAAACACAUGACAGAAUAUAUUACAUGGUGGCUCCAACACCGGAAGCUAUGCGGAUAUGGAUGGAUGUGAUAGUUACAGGAGCAGAAGGCUACACCCACUUCAUGUUAUAGUAAAACUGCACAAAGGUUCAUUGACAGGGCAUAAUGCAAUAAUAGCCUCACAUCUGGAAAAGAAAAGCCAUAUUUAGUCACAUUUGACAAAGUCACAUAAAAUAACAAGAACACACAGGUCAUU